AUGAAACCUCUGAAUUUUGUUGUACCAGAUGAAGUCUCAUGCAUAUCAGCCGAAAAUGGGUACUACAAAAAAAUUGGCAUGAACAAGAAUAGAGCAUUGCCAAUAACUAAAAAACCCCAAAAAGGUCGUAAGAAAUCUAAUGUUGUUAAGGGUCAAUGGACAGUUGAAGAAGACAGGCAUUUGAUUCAACUGGUUAAGCAAUAUGGAGUGAGAAAAUGGUCUUAUAUUGCUCAAAUGUUGCCUGGGAGGAUAGGAAAGCAAUGCCGAGAGAGAUGGCAUAACCAUCUUAGACCAGACAUCAAGAAGGAUACAUGGAGUGAAGAGGAAGAUAAGGUACUAAUUCAGGCCCAUGCAGAGAUUGGAAAUAAAUGGGCAGAGAUUGCAAAGAGGUUGCCAGGGAGAACUGAAAACUCCAUCAAGAACCAUUGGAAUGCAACCAAAAGAAGGCAAUACUCGAAACGAAAAUGUCGUUCAAAGUACCCUAGAGGCUCUCUUCUACAAGAAUACAUCAAGGGCUUGACCUUGGACCCAUCAAACAUGGUGCAAAACAGAAGAAAAACUUCUUCUAGUAAUGCCACAGCCAAUAACACCACCAUUAAAACUCCAACUCAGCUGCCACAGUACACUGAUCGGUUUUGUCCUAAUGCUCGGUUGUUUCCAAUCUAUGAUUUCAAUGAGGUUCCGAACUUUUGUUUUGACGAAAACAUGUUUCAGGAGAGCUGUAGUAUCGAUGCUCUUCUUGAUGACAUACCUAAUAAUGCUCCUAUUAUGGAUGAGAACAAUUUUGAUGAUCAAAUGCCUUGUGGUCCUGUGGUUGAUGAGAAUAUGCUGCAUUGUGCUCCAGUAGUUGUGGAUGAGAAUGAUUUUGACAUGGAUAUUCCAGUUGAUAUGACUCCAGUGGUAGAUUGUGGUGUGAAGAAGGAGCUGGAUUUGGUGGAGAUGAUGUCUCAAUUUAAUGAAGCCAAAUGUGUUAAGCCCCUAGAAGCCAGUAUAUGCAAUAUACUUCAAUUACAAAAAUAAAUUUACUAUUUUGGCCUUCAUAUUAAGGGGGUUUUAAGCAAAUUUAGAGAGG